CAAUAUGUGAUGUUUUGGUAACUUUUAAUACUAUUUUUUUUUAACGUAAAAAUAAAAUUCGUUUUACAUCACAAAAUUAAAUAUGGCGAACUACGGACAGCCUCCUUAUGGUCAGCCUGGAUAUGGUGCUCCUCCAGGACAACCUGCAUAUGGCCAAGCCCAGGCCCCAUAUGGAGUCCCUACAAGUCAGCCCUAUGGGGCCCCUGGAGGAGCCCCUCCUGGCUACGGAGCACCACAAGGACAGUGGGGGGCCCCCCAGGUCGACCCCCAGGUUCAGGCCUGGUUUAUGGCAGUGGACGCAGAUCGCAGUGGGCGAAUCUCAGCCUUGGAGCUUCAACAGGCCCUCGUGAAUGGAAACUGGUCGCACUUCAACCCAGAAACAUGCAGGCUCAUGAUUGCGAUGUUUGAUAAAGACCAAACUGGUCAGAUUGAGCUGCCAGAGUUCCAGGCUUUGUGGAGCUAUAUUCAGCAGUGGAAGGGAGUGUUCGAGCGAUUUGAUGGCAACAGGACUGGAUCUAUUGAGGCACAUGAGCUGGGUCAAGCUCUGACAGGGAUGGGUUACAACUUUUCGCCCCAGUUCCAUCAGAUGUGUAUCACCAAGUUUGAUUUCCACGGGCGCCGAAGCAUGAACCUGGACCAGUUCAUUCAGUGUUGUGUGAUGGUGAAGUCGCUAACGGACAUGUUCUCUGCCCGUGACACGCAGCGGGCUGGCAGAAUCACAGUCUCAUAUGAGGACUUUAUGACCAUGGCUGUCAUGACCAAAAUAUAGGAAUAUUAUCAUGAAUGGAUUUUAGUCCUGAAUUUAACAAGAACCGAAGUGGGUUUGUUUUUUUAUUGCUGUUCGAAAUUUUGGGAAAGAAAUCUUUAUUUAGUGAAUGAAUUAGAAAAGGAAAGUUGAACCAAUAGAAAACAAAUUGUAAUGACAUUUUUGUACAAUAUUAUGUACAUUUAAGAAAUCAAAUGACACAAAUGACUGUAAUAAUUAUAACAAAACUGUUGAUGUAAGAGGUUAAUACUCUCCAAUGUAUAAUAAAUAAUCGUGAUAAUUAUUUUUUCUCUAUUUCUUCAUGUUUAAUUUUCAAAUAAUAGUUUGUAGUCACCAAGUUGGACAUGUGGGUUUUCUUGGAGUUCUCCAGUUAACUCCACAACACAAGACCACACUCUCACACAACAUUGUGCCAAUGAGAGGGACUAGUCUAAGUUAAUAUAACUUUAUUCAAAAUUGUUGUAAACCAUAUUUAGGUUAUAGCUUUGUUAUAAUAUAUACAUGUACUACGCAUAGUUUUCUUCAUAAUUUGUUUUAUAUUUACUUUAAGCUUGUCUGGUAUAUGAGAAAAAACGCUGGUGUAUUGUGAUGGCAUUUGGCUUCAUGUGUUCAUUGUGUUUGUUGAGCAAAAAGAUUUACCUUGGUCAGACCUCAAUAUUUACACCUCAACUUCUAUUCCAUCAAUGAAUGUCCUUUCGGCAAUAAAAAAAUAUUUUCUGAUGAACGCAACAUCUUUGGAUAUGUUCAGAUCGCGAUAAUCUUAACUGAAGCCAAGCCGGCUUCAUUCUUCCUUCUUUUUUUUCACUUUUCGUUUGAGGAGUGUAUCUGAUGACCUUCAUCGUUAUCAUACAACUACCAACAUAGUUCAGUUCGGUUUUAUACAACUGUACAUAGUAAACUAAUGAAGGAAAAAUCUUAAGGCAUUCAAAUUCCAUAAAUAAAACUGCAUGGGGAAAUUUGUGGAGUAAGGCCAUCAUACAUACAAUGGGCAUGGACAAACCUUUAAUAGUCUAUACUCACCGUUUCAAGAUACAUCAGUCACAGCAUUUCAUUCCUUACAUAACCAAACCAAUUCUAAAAUAACUUAAAACUUGUUGUACACAUGUUACCAGCGACUAAACACUCAUGUACAGCAAGUCUUUACCAUCUUUAUGCACCUUGUACUCAUAAAAACAACAGCAAACAGACAAGCAUUUGCAUUAACUCUUCGGCAUUUUGUGGUAGGUAUUCGAAAGCUUUUGGGAUUUAAUUAAUAAUAUAUUUUCUUUCAUUAAACCUACUAAAAUGCAAUAGCCCUGUGUCAUUCUUGUUUUGAUUUAUGUAGUUGAUAAUCGAAAGCUUUUGGAACUUAAGAUAUUUUCUUUCAUUUAAUUUAAAUCCAUACAAACAAACAAAUGUAAGUUUAUGUAUUAAUAAACUCAUAAUAGAUAAA